GGCCGCGGCCGGGGGCGCGGCUCGACCGCCGGCAGCCUGGCCGGCGACGAGUGGACCGGCCAGGAUCCGCUGGAGGAGAUGGCCGCUGACCUGGGUGCCAAGGUGCCCGAGUACAUGCGGUCGGAUCCCGCCUUUGUCGACAUGUACCACAGCUUCGUGUACCCGUCGCCCUACCUGCAGCUGAGCGAGGUGGCGCUGCGUGAGGCCAUCAAGAAACAGAUUGAGUACUACUUCAGCGAGGAGAAUCUGCAGAAGGACUUUUUCCUGCGCCGCAAGAUGGACAACGAAGGCUACCUGCCCGUGUCGCUGAUCGCUUCGUUCCACCGGGUGGAGGCUCUGACGCGCGACAUCAAGCUGGUCAUCCAGUCCGUGGAGGACUCGGAUGUGGUCGAGAUUGCCGACGGUGUCAAGAUCCGCGCCAAAGAGGAGCCGCGCAAGUGGCGUCUGGCGGCGAACGCGCCGGUGCCGACGGCGGCGGCAGCGGCCGGCCACCAGGGCGGCGAACUCAACCCGGACGUACCCGAGUUCGUGCCGCACUUUCUGCAGCAGACCAGCGGCCCGGCCGACGCCGACGCCGACGGCGCGGAAGCCGACGCUGGCUCGCAGACAGAGGGCGCCGUCGGCGUACCCGGGCGCAGCUCGUACCUCUCCCUGCUCGACUCGCCGCCGCUGUCGUCCAGCGCCCCCGAGUCCGAGUGGCGCCAGGUGCGGCGUCGGUCGCGCGAGCCGCGGCCCCGCCCCGGUGGUCACAACGAGUCGCCGGCGCCGGCCAUCGACGACCGCGAGGAGCUCAACUUCCAGUUCGACGAGGAGCUGGAGAAGGUGCCGGCCGGCGGACGCAACAACACGUUCACCGAUGAAUGGUCGGACGACGAGUCGGAGAACGACUUCCCGGACCGUGGCCUCGACAACCUGAUGAUCGUGACGCAAACGCCGCCGCCGUCGCGGCUGCCGUCGCGUCCGGACAAGCAUGAGGGCCAUGACCGCACCGGCGACUGGACCACGCGCGUCAAGAUGACCCAGGAUCUGGCCUCGGCCAUCAACGACGGCCUCUUCUACUACGAGCGUGACCUCUGGAACGAGCCGGAGUGGGAGAUUACCUCUGUGUCCAAGCAGGUAACUGUGAUAUCAAGCGAGGAGUUCAGCAAGAUUAAGCCACCGUCUCCUCGAGCUCAAAACCAGCAGGUUCCUCCGCCGCCGCCGCCGCCACCGCCGGCGGCGCCGGCCGGGCGCCGACUACGCCGCGCACGCCGACGGCGCCGCUCAGGCGCCGCGCUUCUACCCGUGGUCAAGUCGAACCGGCCGCCGGACAAGGCGACGCCGCGCAAGCGCAAGCUGCGCCACUCGCAGAACCCGCCGGUUGAGCACCACGUGGGCUGGGUGAUGGACAGCCGGCGGCACCCGCCUUCGCGGCGCGAGCGCACCAUCUCGCAGACGAGUGCCACCAGCGGCACCAGCCCGUCCGAGGGUGGCCUCUCCACCAGCCACGGCAGCACGCCCGGUUCGCUGCCGCAGUUCCAGCACCCCAGCCACGCGCUGCUCAAGGAGAACAACUUCACGCAGCAGGUGUAUCACAAGUACCGCGCUCGCUGCCUCAGGGAGCGCAAGCGGCUCGGCGUUGGCCAAUCUCAGGAGAUGAACACGCUGUUCCGCUUUUGGUCCUUCUUCCUGCGCGACAACUUCAACCGCAAGAUGUACGAGGAGUUCCGCCAGCUGGCCACGGAAGACGCCACCGGAGGGUACAGGUACGGCCUGGAGUGCCUGUUCCGGUUCUACAGCUACGGCCUGGAGCGACGGUUCCGUCCCGAGCUGUACCUCCACUUCCAGGAGGAGACGCUCAAGGACUUCGAGUCAGGUCAGCUGUACGGUCUGGAGAAGUUCUGGGCCUUCAAGAAGUACUACCGCCAGGCGCGCUCACUGGACACGCUUCCUGAACUGGCGGCGGCGCUGGUCAACUUCCGCCGCCUGGAGGACUUCCGCGUGCUGCCGCCGGCCGGCGAGGAGGAUGCCGACGCCAAGGGCCGCCGCAGCCGCCACGUGUCGGAGACUCAGACACGGCACCG